CUUACAGUCUCCUUCCCGAUCUGAGUCGAGCGAUAGAGUUACUCGAAUCAAGGAAGUGCAAUGUCGACGGUCACUUCCUGCUCCCUUCUGAGGAGUGUGACGGCGGUGCGGCCGGUAAUUUCCUCCGGCAGGCAGCUUCAGUCCGGGAGACCAGCAGCGGUGGCUUCCCUUUCUUCCCAGUGGAGAUCCCGGCCCCUUUCUAUGUGUCGUGCAUUCAGCGCAAAAGGAGAGCACAACCCAAAGACGGAUUUGCAUCCGUUUAAUAUCCCUGCAUUUGUUCUGGUGCAUCCGGUGUCACCGCGUGAGGAACGGUGGCAGGUGGAGGAGGAGCCCGGCAAGGUGAACCUGUGGUUCGAGGUGCCUGGGCAGUCCGGGGAGGACCUCGCCGUGGAGAUCGACGAGGACGUGCUCGUCAUCAAGAAGAAGAUCCAAGUCGCCGGUGGGGACAUCGGCCAACGGAACACAGGCAGCGGCGGCGGCGCCAUGGAUUAUCGUCCCCAGGGCAGUAGAAGGGGCACGGCGGCCGCCAGCGAAGCAGGGAAGGAGGCGGCGACACAGGACGGCGAGGUGAUCUACGCGCGGCUGCUCCUCCCGGCCGGGUACAGCAAGGAGGGAGUGGAGGCCGAGCUCAAGUCCGGCGUGCUGAGGGUCUGCAUCGCCAAGAUCAAGGAGCAGGCGCGCAGGAAGAUCAGCGUCGACAUCGUCGUCAAGUAGAAGCUCAUGUGCCUUGCGUGCCAUGCAUGAAGGAGUGCUAUUGAUCUGUCCAAGAGGCUCAUGACUUAAUACUGUAUAUGUACAGCGCGGUCAGCUCAUGUACUCGAUCGCGUCAAGCAUACGUUCGUGUUGGCUUUGUGUUCCAAGUACUCGAUCAAUAAAAUGAGCGUUCGUUGUUGUGUACGCAAUUA